AGGUGGGACGACAACCCGAACUCGACUUACCGGAGCGAACCGCGCCGGGCCAGGAGGAACUGAAGAUGCCCCGCGCGUUCCUGGUGAAGAAGCCAUGCGUCUCCACGUGCAAGAGGAACUGGAGCGAGCUCCCUGACGAGGAGCGCGGCGAGAUCUACGUGCCAGUCAGCCUCGGCUUCUGCCCACCGCAGCCCUACCGGGAACCAGAGGCAUCAGUGGCCGAGCCCCCUUCGUGCCCCCUGGCUUUGGACAUGAGUCUUCGAGACUCCAGCUAUGGUGUGACUCCAGGGCCCUGCGUGGUGGCCCAGCUACCGCCUGAAGAUGUGAGCCAUCUGACAGAUCCCCAGAGCAGAGACCAGGGCUUCCUCCGGACCAAGAUGAAGGUGACCUUGGGGGACAGUCCAAAUGGAGACCUUUUUACCUGUCACAUCUGCCAGAAGUCCUUCACCUACCAGCGCAUGCUGAAUCGACACAUGAAGUGUCACAAUGAUGUCAAGAGGCACCUCUGCACUUACUGUGGGAAGGGUUUCAAUGACACCUUUGACCUCAAGAGACAUGUCCGAACCCACACUGGUGUGCGGCCCUACAAGUGCAGUCUGUGUGACAAGGCCUUCACCCAGCGCUGCUCUCUGGAGUCUCACCUCAAGAAGAUUCAUGGUGUGCAGCAGAAGUACGCAUACAAGGAGCGCCGGGCCAAGCUCUAUGUGUGUGAGGAGUGUGGCUGCACGUCUGAGAGUCAGGAGGGUCAUGUCCUGCAUCUUAAGGAGCGCCACCCCGACAGCCCACUGCUGCGCAAGACCUCCAAGAAAGUAGCUGUGGCUCUGCAGAACACUGUCACAUCCCUGCUGCAGGGCAGCCCCCAUCUCUGAGCAGCACAGGCCGGGAAGGACCAGGUGCACUCCCUGCUGCCGUUUGCCUUCCUGCAUCCUCUUGCCAGAGCACCAGUAGCCAGGACCAGAGCUCUCCUGCCUCUCUCCACACACUUGCGUAACCGGGCACUGACUUCCGCUCCGUUUGGGAAGUCUGUCUUACAGGCAGAGCCCUCUCUGAGCUUGGGACCAUGGGUGCCUGGGUUCAGGCAGGAGCGAGGCCAAGUGAGCAGAAAGGGCUGCUUAUAGAGGCAGGCCCUGUUUCCUUGCAGCAGGACUUUGCAGACGUGCUGAGAGGGGUGGGCAAUGGAUCCCCGUGGAGAGCAGAAGAUCAGACAGCAAGGAGCAUCCUGGCAGACGGCUGCUGCGGUGGUGCUGGCAACGGCCCUGCACCUGCAGGGCUAACUCUCAGGGUUCCAGGGCUCUCUGCCCUGUCAUCAGAGGCCCGCAUGUGAACAGCCACAUGCAUGUUUGU